AUGGCAUCUCCCGAAGUCGAGCUCGCUCGACGCCAUUCUGAGGAGCAGCAGCCAAACUACGAAGCGCCGAACGAAGAGAUAACGAAAAGUGGCGACGCGAAGCGAGGAAAGAACGACUCUUCCAGUAGUCUGGGGAACGAAGCCGACGAUGAGGAGAUUACCUGGCAGUAUCUUGAAUUCGAGACCGAACUGCCUUCGCCGGCCUAUCUUUCACAUUCGACGCCCGACGACCUAGAGAAACAAUCGAGGAAUCCACCGCCGCAAUGUCCGAAUCUGAAGAAAUACACUUCACCCUUCCUCUGGAGUGAAGGGCGCAAGAGUGUCUUGGUGUGGAUUUCGUGUAUUGCCACUAUGUUUACUGCUUUCAAUGCAGGAGCAUACACCUCCGGCCUGGGUCAAAUGACAGACGAAUGGCACAUCUCCGAAGUCGUAGGCCUCCUCGGCGUCACUCUCUUCACGGUUGGGUUCGGCUUUGCGCCCAUGUUUCUCGCCCCGUUCUCAGAGAUCAACGGUCGACGGCCUGUUUUUCUGGUGACUGGAGUGCUUUGGGUUGUCUUCCAGGUCGUCUCUGCUGUAACGCCUACCUUUGGCGGCAUGUGCGUUUGUCGAUUUUUGACGGGAUGCAUGAGCUCGACUUUCUCGACGAUGGUCGGAGGUGUGCUGAGUGAUAUCUAUCACGCGAAAGAUCGGAAUACCGCCAUGGCCUUGUUCUCGGCUUCAGCACUGUGUGGUACUGGACUAGGACCUCUUGUCUGCGGCUUCAUCGCUCAGCACAAGAACUGGAGAUGGAUCUUCUACGUCCAAAUCAUCGUCGACGGCAUCCUCAUCAUCUUCGUCAUCUUCUUCUUCCACGAAACCCGCGGCUCCGUCCUCCUCUCCCGCAAAGCCAAAGCCCUGAACAAAUGGUACGACCAACUCGAAGCAGCAGGCUACUACGGCGUCACCUCACCAGCAACCUCCUCCUUCCAAAAAACAACCGUCCACCGCCUCCGCUGGAAAUGCCUCGCGGACGAAGAACGCAGCAGCCUCACCACCAUGCUCAAAAUCUCCCUCCUCCGCCCUUUCCACAUGCUCAUCACCGAACCCACCGUCUUCUUCUUUUCCCUGUGGAUCUCCUUUUCCUGGGCUGUCCUCUACAUGACCUUCAGCGCCGUCCCCCUCAUCUACGAAACAACCUUCCACUUCACCCUCGAGCAAGGCGGCGCAAUUUUCGCAUCCAUCUGCAUCGCCAGCAUCCUCUUCGGCAUCAUCGCCGUCUACCAAGACCGCAUCGGAAUGCGAUAUCUCCCAGAAUCUCAGAAAAGAAUCCUACGAAGCCCUGAAGGUCGACUGUAUUUCGCCUGUUUCUCCUCUGCCCUCCUCCCCAUCGGCUGCAUCUGGUUCGGCGUCUCGGGGGCCUACGAAUCCAGCCACUGGAUCACGCCCGCGUUAGGUGUCGCCUGCGCGACUAUGGGCGUGGGCGUCAUCUAUCUCGCCGUCUUCAAUUAUCUCGCCGAUUCGUACCACAGAUACGCCAGCAGCGCGCUCGCGGCGCAGAGCUUCUGUCGGAAUAUGCUUGCUGGUGCAUUCCCCUUAUUCACGAGACAAAUGUUCCGCAAGAUGACAUUCCAAGGCGCAGGCGGGUUCCUCGGCGGCGUUGGGUUCUUGCUCACGGCAGUGCCUUGGGUGCUGCUGUUAUUUGGGCCAAAGAUUCGUGCGAAGAGUAAACUCGCUGGGGAGGUGAUGAAGUAA